AGUAACAGAAAUCUACCGGGGUUGCGAGAGCUGUCUAAACCACUCUGAAAACCUUCAGCCUAUUUUGACAACCAAUAAUGUAAUUGCUGCCAGAAUUGUAAGAAUUUUGGCAAUUUUAAAUGCAAUAAAACAAAUAAUGUAAUAACUUGCCAAUAUUGUAAAACAGUUUAUUAGCCAAUAAUAUACAGUAAUAACAUUUAGCCAGUAAUGUUGUUUGGUUAAUGCUGAGCAAACAAAUGUACACCACGACUGUUGUCAUCUUCCUGAUUUCUUGCCCUUUCCAAUAAGAGAUCAAACUACCAAAUGCACUUAAUAGUGAUUAAUUGAGUCGAGGAUUGAUUUCAGAGUUGCCUAAUGCGUAUCAUGAUGAAAACAUAUGAAAACUUUGAAAUCCACUAUACCUAUUUUUAGAAAAUGCAAACAAAACAAACAAAAAAAAUCCCUGCAUGUUUUUUUUUUAGUGAGAAGAGGAAGUACCGUGUACUAGAGGGAGGUGGUGUACCUGUGUCCUGGACAAGUGGAUGCAUGUGAGCUGCUGAAGUUCAGGAUUCUCAGCUUUUAAACCAGUUAAUGGGGUUUUACUAUAUUAAACACACAGCUGAUGCGCACUGAUGGCAUCCUCACAUAGGUGUUACCAUGGUCCAAGUGUGUGAGGGCUCUUUGUAGAGCCCAGGUUCUUUUUACUAUAUAUGGAAUCAUGAUAGUACAGUGCAGUAUAUCAGAAUGUGAGAAAACAAGUCCGUUUUUUUUUUCUUUAUUAGUGGUUUCAUGUUUUUGUUGUUUUAAAUAUGGAAAGAAAAUAUCACUAAAUUAAAACUUCUGCUCAUUCAUUUUUGAGCACACAAAAGAAAAAAAUUGAACUUGUCCCACAGACACAAGUUAGCAUUUUUAAACUGUUUUCCUUUGUUAGUUAAAAACAGGGGGACAUUUUAUGAAUGGGUAUUAAUGAAAAAAACAACUCUGGUCAUUAUUUCAGUGGUUACUUUGGUCAAAGAAAAGGUUAGAGAGCAUUCUCUGAAGUAACCAGCCACCUGUAAUCAGCACAUAUUAGAGGGUUAGACCCCUCUCUUCCGUGAAUCCGUGUGCUAAGAAGUGUUGUUUUCAAGUUGAAAGGGAAUGAAUAGGCCCUUGUAAACUUAUCACAUUCCAAUUGUUGCUCUUUGGCACAGAAAUGACACAGUGUGCAACACACAGAUGGAGUCUUUGACUAUACAACUCAUUCUGAUCCAUCUGGCCAGAAUCUGUAAUUAACUUCAGUGCAGCCUUGAUGUGGGAGUGCAUAAAAAGCCCGAGUGCAUGGACUCUUACCGACAUACAGAAGACACAGCUGGGGAAAGUGAGGAACAAUGAAGGGCUUCAUGUUUUGUCUGCUGCUGCUGCCAUUUGCUGUCAUGGCAGUACAAGGCCAAAUAAGAGCUCAAAGGCGACAUGUGUUGAUCUUUCUAAAUGAGGGACUUGGAGCAACCACUGAAAGAGCCACACCUGCUAAAGUCACAGCAAAGAGAAAUCCUGGUGAUAGACCACUGAGGAACCAAGAUUCCGAUGAUUUGUCUGAGAUGCAAUCAGCUGAGAGUUUUGUCACCACUGGCUAUCCAGGACCUGAUCAAAGUGGAAGUGAAAGCAAAGAAACAUCUAAAGACAACGACAGCUAUGAAGUUAUUGAUCCCAAAGCUGGAGUGAAAGGACACGUAACAUCGAGGAGAAAAACACGAGUGGGAACAGACAACAUGCAGCUGCUGAACAGGACCAGCAGGCUUGUUCAGGACAGUAGCAGCCAGGAACAAAUCAAAGCUCAAGUAAAGCUACAGGAAAGUGGUGGUCAGACUGAUCUGGAUAGGGAAGAUGGAAUGAUCAUGAGAUCUGGAAGAGCCACUCAAAGCACAAGACUCAGACUACAGGCUGAGAGAGCCGACCCAGAUAAAGCCAGGGAGACAUCUUGGAAAAGCUCGAAGAGCAACAAUGGAAAACCGGCUGUGGGGCGCAACAGUGAAGAAACCAGAGAAUACAUCAGCUCUGAAACUUUUGAUUCCAGCAGUUUAUCUGCUCCUGUCAAUUCUGGAUGAAGAGCUGCUUCCUUUUGAUGCAUCAGAAGCCACCAUGUCUUGACUCAUCAGACGCAGACAGAAUG